AUGAUGCAUAAUAGUAAAACAUUGGUAAUGAUAAUAAUGGGGAAAAAGCUUGCAGCUAUAAAGAAAUCAUUUAAAUCUGACUACAGUACACGUUCAAAAGGUAUAAUUAAUCCUGAAACACUCCUUAUUAACAACGCUUCUUCUACUUCUGCUUCUGCUUCCGCUCAUCAAACUGCUCAACAAGACGUUCGACAAAAUGUUCAACAAAUUUCCCAAAAAGUCAUUCUAGGAACUUCUCAAGAAAUUACUCAACAUUUUGCCGAAAAAAUUACCCGAACUUUCCAAUCAACAUUAUCGAACACAAUCUCCUGA